AUGUUUUUGAUGAUGUAUACAAGGAACAAUAUAAACUGUGCUGAACCCCUAUUUCAGCAGAAUAAGUCACUUAACCUUAAUUUCAAUAUAAAUAAGAAGACAGUCUGGAUUAUUCAUGGAUACAGACCCUUGGGCUCCACUCCUGCAUGGCUUAACAACUUUCUAAGGAUUUUAUUGAAUCAAGAUGACAUUAAUGUAAUUGUUGUAGACUGGAAUAGGGGUGCUACCACUUUCUUUUACAAUAGAGCAGUUAAAAAUACCAGGAAAGUUGCUGUGGGUUUGGGAGAGUGCAUUCACAAUCUUUUGAAGCAUGGAGCAUCUCUUGAAACUUUUCAUUUUAUAGGUGUGAGCUUAGGGGCUCAUAUUAGUGGAUUUGUUGGAAAGAUAUUUCAAGGUCAACUUGGAAGAAUAACAGGCCUUGACCCUGCUGGGCCCAAAUUUGCUGGAAAACCAUCAAAUGACAGAUUAGAUUACACUGAUGCAAAGUUUGUGGAUGUCAUCCAUUCUAAUGCCAAUGGUUUAGGUAUUAAUGAACCAUUGGGACAUAUCGAUUUUUACCCAAAUGGAGGAAGAAAGCAACCUGGCUGUCCAAAAUCAAUUCUUUCAGGAUUUGAAUUUAUCAAAUGUGAUCACCAAAGAGCAGUUUACUUGUUCAUGGCAGCUUUGGAAACAAACUGCAAUUUUAUUUCCUUUCCCUGUCCUUCAUACAAAGAUUACAAGGUUGGUUCUUGCAUGGACUGUGAUGGCUUUAAGGAAAAAUCAUGUCCUAGACUCGCCUAUUAUUUUGUUCUUAGUAUAAUUGUUCGGGAUCAAACCAUGAAGGAAGGGUAUAUUUCAUUUAAAUUAUUAAACCAGCAUGGAAUGAUUGAAGAACCAAGGCUUUAUCAGAAAAACAAAUUAUUUUAUAAACUUCAAGAAGUCAAGAUUCUCGCUCAGUUUUUAAAUGAUGUUGUAAAUAUUUCAAGCAUUGGUUUGAAAUAUAAUCAGAGCUCAAAUCGACAAUGCACUACAUGUAAAUACAGCAUCUAUCGUCUCAAAUUAAAAUCCCUUACGUACCCAGAAAGACCUCCACUUUGCAACUACAAUUUUUUACUUAAAGAAAGAGAAGAAAUCUUUCUUAGUCCAACUAAAUGUGUACCAUAG